GUAAACACUGGGAAAACGUGAGUUGGCCGCGGGAAAGAAAACAAGGUAACGGACCCAGAAACUGAGCAAUGCAAACAUCAUAUUUAUUUUAUAUUGCGCUCUUAGCGCUUUAUUACAUUGAAAAUAGACACACAGUUUGUCUUAUAUGAUCUUUUUCUUUUGGAAAUUCUACACAGUUACAUGACCUGAGUCUCUUGACUUUGAUGUGUUCACCUAAAGUGCUGAAUACAUCAAACCACAGGGCUGCCAGGUGGGGGAAUACCUACCUCGCGUUUGAGUCGCUGCUAAGCGUGUGGGAUCUGCGUCACGGAGGAUGGAGCUGGGUAAGGCGAAGCUCUUGAAGACGGGCCUCAACGCCCUCCACCAGGCCAUCCACCCCGUCCAUGGGAUCGCAUGGACGGACGGAAAGCAGGUCUGCCUCACGUCCAUCUUCUACGUCAGCGGCGAGGUGAAAUUUGGGGACACGAACGUCAUCGGACAGUUCGAGCACGUCUUCGGGCUCUUCUGGGGCCCGCUAUGCUGCAAGGGCUCCCCGGCGCUGCUCGCCGUCCAACACAAGAAGCACAUCACCGUGUGGCAGCUGCAGCUCAGCGCCCAGGAGCCCAACAAGCUACUGUGCACCCAGACGUGCGAGAUGAGCGAGCCCUUCCCCCUGCUCUCCCAGGGCUGCGUGUGGCACCCCAAGCAGGACAUCCUGGCUGUGCUGACCAAGCGUGACGCCUCCGUGCUGUUCUCGGUGCGGGUGGACAACCGCCGGACGAAGGCGGACAUCUGCGCGUCGGGGUCGGUCCACUGCGCGUGCUGGACCAAGGACGGCACGCGUCUGGUGGUGGCCAUGGGCAGCGGCCUGCACUCCUUCAUGUGGAACGACGUCAACAAGAGCCUGCUGCCGUGCGCCUUCUGCCCCGUGUUCGACGUGGGCGGCAACGUCUGCGCCGUGCAGCCCACGGGCGAGUCCCAGGUCGCCGUGGCGACGGAGCUGCCGCUGGACAAGCUGUGCGGCCUCAACGCCAGCAUGGCGUUCGAGAUGCCGGUGCGCGACGCUCCCUCCCGCCACGGCCACCCUCAGGACGCCUGCGACGGCGGCGGCGGGCUGGAGUCGUCGCGGCGGCGGUUCCUGGAGACGGCGUGCACCUCGCUGGCGUCCUCGGGCCCCGUGGACCUCACCCAGCUGCUGGCCCGCCACCGCCGCUCGGACCCCAGCCCGCUGCUGAACCUGACGCGGCGGGACGCGGCCGUGACGGCCUCGGGCCAGGACUCGUCGCACCUCAUCCUGGUCACCUACGAGCGCAAGGUGACCACCAGCCGCAAGGUGACCAUCCCGGGCAUCCUGGUGCCGGACAUCGUGGCCUUCGACCCGCGCGGCACCACGGUGGCGGUGGCGUCCAACGCCUGCAGCAUGGUGCUGGUGUACUGCAUCACGGCGUCGGCCGUGCCCAACGUGCAGCAGAUCUCCCUGCAGACGAACGAGCGGCCCAAGGGCGCCUGGUUCCUGAGCGACAAGCUGCUGCUGCUCAUGGUGGGCCGCCAGAAGAGCUCCGGGGACUCCGUCUUCCUCCCCUCUUCCUCCUCUUGCUCCUCCUCUUCCUCCAACAUGGACAAGUACGUGCUGCGCCUGGUGGCCAGGGACCUCAUGCAGAGCAACGGCCCCGCGCCGGACCCGGCCCCGGCCUGCGUCUCGCCCUCCUCCGCCUUGCUCCACCGCGCCCCCGACUCCCCGGGUCCCCAGCUCCCCUACGAGAGGGUGAGGCGGCACUCGGACCUCAUGCCCCGGAUCGAGCGCCUGGGCCAGGGGAUCAAGGAUCUGGUGCUGCCGGGCGGGGCGGUGGUGUGCUGCCCUGGCGGCAGCAGCGGCGGCAGCAGCAGCAGCAGCAGCAUUAGCAGCCGGCAUAAGCUGGUGGAGGAGGUUGUGCCGGCACCGCCGCUGGUGCCGAGCGGGGAGGCCAGCCCCGGGACCAGCCGGGCCAACGUCUCGGCCACCUCCAGCAGCUCCUCCAUCACCGCCGACAACUUCGACAUGGAGGCGCACAUCGUGGGCCGCAUGCACGCCAACGCCGCUCUCGCCGCCGCCGCUAGCGCCACCCACACCCACACCACCACCGUCGCCCACACCCCCCCCGCCGCCGCGGGCCUGGCCCUGACCUUAAACCGGGACUCGAGCCGGGCAGCCAGCACCCCGGCCCUGCGCCACGAGGCCCCCGACAAGCCGGCGCCGCCUCGGCCGGCGACGCCCACGACGCCCGCGGCGGACAGGUGUGGGUCGGCGGCGGGGCGGGAGCGAGGCCUGGAGCAGCUGGUGGAGAACAUGGAGCGGCUGUUUUCGCGCUUCUCCGACGUGCAGCAGUGCGUGGUGGAAAUACGGGACUACGCCCAGAACGGGAAGAGGGCCAUCGCCGCCGCCGCCGCCGCCGCGUACCCCGGCGCGUACGAACCGCCGUACGUCAACGUCACGUGUCAGAAGCAGCUGUCGGAGAACGUUUUCACGGACGAGCGCAGGCCCGUGCUGCUGUGCGAGGGGAAGCUGCGACUGAGCGCGCUCCAUGACCUCUUCAACCUCACCACGGUGGAGAUGGUGUACGGACCGCUGUGGAUCGUGUUGGUGGCCGACGCCAACGGCUUCAUACCGCUGACCUUCAAGUCCCGGGACGAGGUCACCGUACGGAAUGCCCUCAGGAAGACCCCGCUCCUGUCCCCCGGGAGCCCGGACACCCCCGGCCCAACCUCUCCGGUCCUGGCCCCGUCCCCGACGUUUCCUCCGCCCCCACCCCCAGUCCCUGGCCCCUCGUCCCCCACCCCCACCUCCACCUCCACCUCCAGCCCACCCUCCACCCCCACCCCUGCUCCCAGCCCCAGCCCAAGCCAGAGCUCCAUCCCAGCGACGACGGAAGCCUCCACGUAGCGACCGCGAUAACCGUUGGGACUUGCCGUCGGAAAGGACAACCGUAUUCUCCGCCGUGUUUAAACUACGGGACUUAAAGACAAAACAAGCCUAACCUCAUGCAUGUAUCAUAAGAAGACCAAUUUAGCGAUCGUCAAAGAGAAUUGGCUCUGAAUGGAUGCGUAGAUUUCAAAGCAGAGCUCUGCUGAAGGAUUCACGUACUUCGUGAUUUAUUUUUGUACUGGUGUGCCGUGCUUUCUACAAAUGUGACGUUUACUUGCGGGAUGCUUUGAAACCAAAACCUACUUGAAUGUCGAGGGAUUACCAUAACAAGCCAAUCAGGCUGAUAUGCAGUCAGUUUGAUAUUUUUAUAGUUUAUGAUUAUUUUGGCAGGAGAUAAUUAUUUUUUAUGUUUUAAGGCCCAUUUGCAACGUAGAUUAAAAGGCAGUUUUGGUUGACAUUGCUGUUCAAACGUUUGAUUUUUUUCUAAAUAAUUUACAGAGACGUUAAAUGAUCAUCUUAAAUGUAUAAGGAUUAAAGGCUUAUAUUACAGAAAAUAAAUUAUUUGCACAAAAUGUGCCCUCUGAAUAUUCUAUUAAUUUCCUCUGAGAAAGUAGAUGUGAAGUACUUAUUACCAGAAAGUAUAUAUACCCAUGCUAAUGUGACCAUCAUGAUCCACACGUCAUAUCAUAGCACUAAACCGCAACCAUAUACUAGUUAAGUGGCACAAUGUCUGUUUUUGGGUGGUUUGUGUUGACACUGAACUACUGUAAUGCACCACUAGAGGGCGCUCGACUCAAGAGAAAAGGCUCAUGAUACAGGCAUCGUUUUGUGCACAGGCGAAAUGACUAUGAUAUUCCGUCAGCCAACUUUUACAAUAUUUUAUUAUGUCCAUAUCAACCCACUGUAAUCUGAUUCCAUUAAUAAAUACUCGCAAUGCAUAACUUAA